GCCCAGCCCCCUGUGGCCCCCGCCGGAGCCGACAAACGCGCGGAGCUGCUGACGACCCUGUUGGCCCAGCAGGCGACAUCGAUGGGGGCCCCGACUCAGAGCGGCGGUCGCCUACCAGACGCACUGCCGCUCCGGGCGGGCGACUGGCGCGACGACGAGCUUGGCGAGAGCACUGGCAUGCGACUUGGCGGCGCGCGCGGCGCUGCCGCCCUGAGGCCGUUCCGACGUCAGGUCCAGAGCAGCCCCCAGGCCGCCCCCGUCAUGGCCAGGCGGGAUUGCCAGCUCAACAUGACGGGUGCCGCGAGCGAGGCGGGCAUGAGCGACUCCAUGAUCGGCUACGCCAAGGACACGCGGGCCUCCGGGGACGCGGGGCGGAAGCUGGCGUCGGCCGCCGCACCGAGGGCCGAGGGGGGCGGAGAAAAGGGGGGGAGCUCAAGGAGGCUGGUGGGCGGCAGCAAUUCGAUGGACGUGGGCAUCCGCUGGGGCUUUGGCCUGAUCCGCCGCCUGCGCGGGCUUCGCACCGCCUUCGGCGCCUUCGUCCGCUCCUCCAUGCACGCCGCUGGGUCCCAGGAGGUUGCGACUCCUGCCGCCGGUCUGCUGCCCUGCCCCCCGCCCUUCGGGUGGGCUGCUGGUGCCCCCCCGCGGGGCGUGCGCGCUCGCAGGCGAUGGCUUUGCACUCACGUCGGGCACAUGUGGGUCAACGCCGUCGUUCUCGCGCUCUCCCACCUGCACCUGGGCGAGUCGCGGAGCUGCCCGCCGCGUGCCCGUGCGGGGAGGCCCCUCAGUUCGUCUCAGGCCGAGAUGGCGUCCAGGCUGAGGAGGCUUGUGCGACCGAUGUGCGGGCCCCUGCAAUGGCAAGGUGGCCGCAUGGAGAAGGCCGACGCGCUGCUCGACUAUCUCCUGGAUGCGAUGCAUCUCCCCCUGGGCGCCGCGGCGCCCUCUCCUGACUGCGAGGGGGCGACCAUCGACCCGAGCAAGGCUCCCUUCGCCAAGGCCGAGUGCCACUUCGACCCCCUGGCGUUCCUGGCUCCCUUCUCCGCCGCCACGUUCCUGGAGCCGCGGCUGCUGGCGCGGGAUGGGCCGGGUGCCGACCCUCUGGCGCGCACGGUCGGGCCUCCGACCCGGCCCGCUCCGGCGAGGCCGGCCCGCCAGGCGGGCAAGCCUGGCGACCUCCUCCAGUACCUGAAGCAGCGGGACGACGUGGGGCGACUGGAGCUGGUCGACGUGACCGACUCCCCGCAGGCCCUGCGAGGUACCUUGUUCCCCGUGUUCAAGGACGCCAACACGCAGAGGGUCGUCUUCAAUCGCAUCGCUCGCAACUCGGCUGAGCUGCCGCUGGGUGGCUUCUCCAGACUGACCCCGAGCGCCGCCGCGCUGGUGGACCUGGAGGUGCCGGCGGGCUUCGUCCUGCGCGUCUGGGCGGACGACCUCCAGGACUUCUAUCCCGCCUUUGACUGCGCGUACGACAUGGCCUGCACCAACGACGUGGCGCCCCCCCUCCCGACGAGGCUCUACGAUGGUUUCGCAGCGCUGGACCGGCUUCGGAGGCGCUGCCGUCGUGAGGGUCGCGAGCUUCCCGAGAAAGUUGUUCCCUGCCACGGCGGCCUGAUUAUGGGGGGCCUGAACGCUCCCGACUGGGCGUGCGAGUCCCACAUGCGGCUGCUCGCCCACGCUGGCAGCUUUCCCCCAGAGCGGCGAGUGCUGAACCGCCACCUCGCCCCCGAGGGGUCUGCUUGGGAGGGCGUCGUGCUGGGCGACCACUUCGGUCUGGCGGUCGACGCUCCAGGCUCGCGGGAAGCUCGGCGAGCGAUCGAGGAGUCCUUCGCACGUGCGCGCGAGGGCUAUGCCAAGGCUGGCCUCAGGGUCAGCGCGGGCAAGGAGGUGAAGGACGCGGCGGAGGCGACGGUCAUCAGGGCAGAGCUCCUGGGCCACGACCGGCUCGUCGGCGCCUCACGCACCCGCAGGCUGGCGUUGGCCUGGAUGGGCCUGUCCAUGGCCCGAGGUCGACGCUCCACUACGCUCGGGCUGCAGAGGUUCUUUGGCAUGGGGCUUUUUGCCGCGCUGUUCCGGCGGCCGACCCUGUCGCUCCACUACUGCUACAAGGAGGUCGACGUCGGCCGCGACCCGCACGAGGUGUUCGACCUGAGCAGCGCGGCCUGCAACGAGUGCGCUCUGUUCGCGGUUCGCCUCCCGCUGAUGGCCACCGACCUCUCCGCAGGGUGGGGGCCGCAUGUUCUGGCCUCGGACGCCUCGCAUCUGGCCGGAGCGUCCGUCAAGACGCGCCAGCGCGAGCAGCGAGGCGCUCGCACAUGGCUCUACCCCUCAGGCUGGGCUGCCCUUGCCAACCCCGAGGACGGCGCCGUCCUGCAAGACAUGGAGGAGGAUGCCGCACCACUCCCUGGUGUCGUUGACCCGACGGCCUCGCUGAUCGAGUACUUCGACGUGCUGGAGCUCUGCUGCGGGGAGGAGGCCCGCCUCGUGGGCUACCUCGCGGACCGGGGCCUGCGCACAGGCCCGAGGAUAGACAUCAAGUGCCACAAAUACUGGGACCUGGUCGACUCACGCCUGGCGGAGUGGGUAGUAUGGCUGAUCUGGCAGAGGCGCGUCAAGAUGACUAUAUCACAGGUUCCAUGCACCAGCUUCUCCAUCGCGAAGCACCCGAGGCUCAGGUCCCGGAUGCGGCCCUGGGGUUUCGACCCAUCUUCGACUCCGACGCGUCUGGGGAACGUUCUCUUCAGGGUGGGCAUGCUGGCGCUGUUCGCCCAUCUCCUCUCGGGCCACGGUGCCGGCCUGCGCGAGCACCCCCUGACGGCCUACUCCUGGUGCACGCACAUCGUCGAGUUUCUGCUGACGCACGAGCGCACGGUCUUGGAGGGCGGCCUGACCCCCAAAGCCGCGCUCUACCCGCACGGCUUCUGCGCCGAGCUGUCCAAGCUGAUCGCCGACAACCUGGACGGACAGACUCCGCCGCCGCCGGCGGAGAGCUCGGCGCCUGCUGGAGCGUUCGAGGCCCUCUGGCUGAACAACUACGUCGGCUUCGCGCCCUGGCAGCUGCACUGCCACCGCCUCUUCCGCAAACCCCUCCACAUCAACUUGCUGGAGAUCGACGCGGCCUGCGACGCGGUGGGCGAGCAGGGCCUUCGGUUCCCUGAUUGCAAGCACAACCUCCUCCUGGACUCCCGCGUCUCGAUCGGGGCCAUCAGCAAAGGCCGCUCCUCAUCGACUGCGAUCAACAAGCUCUUGAGAAGGAGGGCCCCGUUGCAGCUGGCCACGGGCUCCUACGUCGGAUGCCACUUCGUGCCGACGCGACUGCAGCCAGCCGACGCCCCGUCGCGCACGCUCCGCGACCCGGCGAGCGAUCUGGCCCGAGAGGCCGAGGCUCCGUCUCCCGCUCCGAGCUGGCUGGCCGGCCUCGAGGCUGGGGACGCCUCAGCCUUCCGCGCUUGGGCUGCGCUCCCGCUGCAGCGCCGGCAGCAGUCGCGGUGGGCCUGGCUGCUCUGGUGGCGCGGGCUCCUGCGGCUCGCCCCUCGACCGCGGGCGCGCGACCCCGCGCUGGACUUCCCGGGCGAGGGCCCGCGCGGCGGAGGCGGCGCGCCGAG